AUGGAUUACGAUAAGACGUUGUAUUUGACAUCAGAGGCAUUUAAAUUUUCAGGUAUAGAGAUGGGCUAUACGAACAUACCCAAAUAUUUGAAAUAUUUAUACCAUUUUAAUAUAUUGUGGUUAUAUACUGAUGUUUUUGGGGAGUUCUUCUGGCUAUGUGAAGGUAUAGCUAUGGGGAAGAGCAUAGAUUUACUAUCAAUGGUGGCGCCUUGCUCAGCGCUAUGCAUUUUAAGCACAGCGAAAACAUUACCCAUGAUAAUAAAGAGUAAGGACAUGAGCACCUAUCUCCUGUUCAUUCCGUUCCUCGUGAACAGCCUCACUGAAAUAUUCCUGAUGUGCUUCUUCGGAGACCAAAUGAUAGAUUCAAGUUAUAAUAUAACACAAUCGGUUUACAACAGUAAUUGGUACGAAGCUGAUGAAGAUGUUAAGAAGAGCGUCUUAUUGAUAUUAUUCAGAUCUCAGCAGCCCUGUAAGAUAACAGCCGCGAACUUCGCUGAUCUGCAUCUGAGAUCAUUUACAACGUCAAUGAAGAACGCAGCGGUAACGUUCAUGUUCCUUGUGUUCCUCUCCUGUAACCUCGCACAGAUAUUCUUAUUGUGUUACUUCGGAGAUCUUGUUAUGAAAUCGAGCAUGGAAGUAAGUUCUUCUAUAUACAAUAGUAUGUGGUAUAAAAUGGACGCCAAGUCGACUAAAAGCCUUCUUAUAGUACAUUUUAGGUCUCUCAAGCCGUGUAAACUGACAGCCUUCGGUUUCUCUGACGUGAGUCUCAAGUCCUUCAUGAGCGUGAGUAUAAACUAUUAA